UAAUCACACGAAGUUAAUGAUUGUUCGAAUGAUACCAUCAUAACAAUGUGAAAACAAAAUUGUCAUUACAAUCGAUAUUUCAUUGGCAAUGAUUAGAUUUUUCAAUCAUAUCAAGUAGUUGGAAUUGCUUUUGCACCAGAAAAGGACAGAUGAUGGCUUAUGUUAAAGUUGUAGGUGGUUUAGCAAUUUUAGGAGGUGGAUGUUUAGCGUUUGCUGCUGCACAAAGUCGUCAUAGCAUCACAGUGGAAUACAAUGAUCUCGACAAGGCAGUAGAAUUGGCAGAGAAAUUGACACCAUUACCAUCAAGAACAGUUCAACUUCAAAGACUUAAAGAUACUACUGAGUUUGACUUGUUAGUUAUUGGUGGAGGUGCAACAGGCUGUGGAGUGGCUUUGGAUGCUGUUACUAGAGGUUUGAAAACAGCAUUAGUUGAAAAGGAUGAUUUUGCUGCAGCUACCAGUAGCAGAAGUACAAAACUUAUUCAUGGUGGUGUAAGAUAUCUACAAAAAGCUAUAUUCAACUUAAGUUAUGAACAGUUCAAACUUGUUACUGAAGCUUUACAUGAACGUGCAAAUAUGUUGUCAAGUGCUCCUCAUCUGGCUCAACCUUUGCCAAUCAUCCUGCCCAUCUACAGCUGGUGGAAAGUGCCCUAUUUCUGGGCAGGAUUAAAAAUGUAUGAUGUGAUCGCUGGAAAACAAUUAUUGCAUGGAAGUUAUUAUGUGAGCGAAAAAAAAGCAUUGGAAUUGUUUCCUACACUGAAAAGAAAAAAUUUGUGGGGAGGCAUUAUUUAUUAUGAUGGUCAACAAGAUGAUGCAAGAAUGAAUAUUGCCAUUGCGUUAACAGCAGCCAGACGUGGUGCUGUAAUAACUAACCACACUGAAGUAGUUCAACUACUGAAAAAGAAAAUAAUGCAAGAUGAUAAGGAGAAAGAUCUCGUUUGUGGAGCGCGUGUUCGAGAUAUUCUCACAGGAGAAGAAUAUGACGUACACGCCAAAUGUGUUGUAAAUGCAACUGGACCGUAUACGGACGACAUCAGAAAAAUGGACGAUCCAACCACUCGUAACAUAUGUCAACCGAGCGCAGGAAUACACAUUGUAUUACCUGAAUACUACUGUCCAAGGAACAUGGGUUUUCUCAAUCCAGAAACAAGCGAUGGAAGAGUGGUGUUUUUAUUACCCUGGGAAGGAAAAACAAUUGCUGGUACAACUGAUAUCCCAAGUAAAGUAACAUUUACACCAAAACCGACCCAAGAAGAAGUAGAAUUUGUUUUGGGAGAAAUCAAAACUUAUAUGUCUGAUGACAUUGAAGUUCGUGAAAGAGAUGUUUUGGCAGCUUGGAGCGGCAUUAGACCGUUAGUCCGUGAUCCAAAAUCAAAGAAUACGGAGUCAUUAGCGAGAAAUCAUAUAGUCGACGUAAGUAAAGGAAACUUAGUCACGAUUGCCGGAGGAAAAUGGACGACCUACAGAUCAAUGGCUUCUGAUACUGUCGAUGAAGCAGUAAAGAGUUGUCACCUGCAGCCUGAGUCAACAAAAUGUCAGACUGAUGGCUUGAUUCUGGAGGGCGGAGUGGGUUAUUCACCAAAUUUUUACAUAAAACUGGUUCAGGAUUACAAAUUAGAUAUUGAGGUUGCAAAACACCUCAGUCAUUCCUAUGGCACUAAAGCCAUUCAGGUUUGUAAAGAGAUCAAAGGUCCUGCCAAGAAGUUAGCGAAAGAGUUCCCUUACAUCGAAGCCGAAGUCAAAUUUGCUAUAAAGGAGUACGCAUGCACCGUCUUGGACGUUCUGGCACGACGCACGCGUCUGGCCUUCCUAGACGUGGAAGUAACCAAAGAUGUCAUACCGCGUGUGGUGGAUGUCAUGGCAAGCGAAUUGAAAUGGAGUAGUUGUAGGAGAAAGGAGGAAACAAAAAAAGCGAUGGAAUUUUUGGAACAAAUGGGACUUCUUAUUAAAUAGCGACCAAGAAAAAGGCCACAGCUUCAAUUCUAUAUUCGCACGAUUAUGUUAUUGUAGAAUAACUGGAUUGUAUUGACAAACGACGGUAAUUAUUACAGCAGUAAAAGCGAUGCACCGAAAAUCGUCUUUGAUUUGAAAAAACUGAAAUAAAUAUAUUGGCAUUCUUCUUCUUUGUGCAAAAA